AUGUCUUUUAAAUAUAAUAAAUCACUGCCAAAAAUACAUUUAGAUUCAAUAGCCGAUCUAAAAUAUUUAUCAAUAAAUUUUAACAAAACAAUUCAAGAAAAAUUGAAAAAACAUAUACCUAAAAAUGUGUCAAACAAUUCAGAGGAUAUUUUGAGAAAAAAAGUUGAAGAUAUAUUAGAAAAUUUUGCAACAAAAACAUUCGAAUUAGCCAAACCAAACAUUAUAAUUAAUGGAAUUGAAGCACAAAAAACAAUAGUGGACGAUUAUGUUUUAGAACCAUUCGAUUAUGAUUUAAAUAACAAACUACAAUCAUUACAUAAUGAAAUUGAAGAAACAAUACUAAAGACUACACAACUGCGAAGGGAGAUACCGAAGAGAAUAUUUGAACACGAAAGCGACCAAAAUAUAUCAGAAAUAAAAAUCAAUUUACCAGAAAUUUCUUUAAUAGAAACUAUAAAAACCAAACAAAUUGUAGAACCCAAAUUAGAGCGAGAAAACGAAAUUAAAGAAGAAUAUACAAAUGCAAUAUCCAUUAUGAAGCAGCUCAAAACGGCACGUAUACCAUUUCACAAAAGAAACUCCUAA